GCAGGCGCACUAAGGUCGGGCGAGGGCCGCCGGAGUGAAGACAGCGCUAAGAUGGCGGCCUUCUCAGAAAUGGGUGUUAUGCCUGAGAUUGCUCAAGCUGUGGAGGAGAUGGACUGGCUCCUCCCAACUGAUAUCCAGGCUGAGUCCAUCCCAUUGAUUCUAGGAGGAGGUGAUGUGCUUAUGGCUGCAGAAACAGGAAGUGGAAAGACUGGCGCUUUCAGUAUCCCGGUCAUCCAGAUAGUGUAUGAGACCCUGAAAGACCAGCAGGAGGGCAAGAAAGGGAAGACCACCGUGAAAACUGGGGCUGCAGUGCUCAACAAAUGGCAGAUGAACCCGUAUGACAGAGGAUCGGCUUUUGCAAUUGGGUCGGACGGCCUUUGUUGCCAGAGCCGAGAAGUGAAGGAGUGGCAUGGGUGUCGGUCGACGAAAGGAGUGAUGAAAGGAAAACACUACUACGAGGUGUCCUGUCACGACCAAGGCUUGUGCAGAGUUGGAUGGUCAACUGCCCAGGCUUCUCUCGAUUUGGGUACUGACAAGUUUGGCUUUGGCUUUGGUGGAACUGGGAAAAAAUCCCAUAACAAACAAUUUGACAAUUAUGGAGAGGAAUUUACUAUGCACGAUACAAUUGGAUGUUACCUGGAUGUUGACAAAGGGCAGGUCAAGUUCUCAAAGAAUGGAAAAGACCUUGGUCUAGCUUUUGAAAUACCAGCCCACUUGAAGAACCAAGCAUUCUUUGCUGCGUGUGUCUUAAAGAAUGCUGAACUGAAAUUUAACUUUGGUGAAGAAGAAUUUAAAUUUCCCCCCAAAGACGGAUUUGUUGGGCUGUGCAAGGCUUCCGAUGGCCAUGUUGUGAAAUCUCAACACACAGGAAGUGCACAGGUGGCACAGACAAAGUUUCUUCCCAACGCUCCCAAAGCCCUCAUUGUGGAGCCGUCCCGGGAGUUGGCAGAACAGACUUUGAAUAACGUCAAGCAGUUUAAAAAAUACGUGGAUAACCCGAAGCUGAGGGAGCUUCUGAUAAUCGGUGGUGUGGCAGCCCGGGAUCAGCUCUCUGUCCUGGAGCAGGGGGUGGAUAUCGUGGUCGGCACUCCGGGGAGACUGGAUGACUUAGUGUCCACGGGGAAACUCAACUUGUCCCAGAUUCGAUUCUUGGUUCUGGAUGAAGCCGACGGGCUUCUUUCCCAGGGCUAUUCGGACUUCAUCAAUAGGAUUCACAGUCAGAUUCCUCAGAUUACUUCUGAUGGAAAAAGACUUCAGGUCAUCGUCUGCUCGGCCACCCUCCACUCUUUUGAUGUCAAGAAGCUUUCAGAAAAGAUCAUGCAUUUCCCUACGUGGGUCGAUUUGAAAGGGGAGGAUUCGGUCCCCGAGACGGUGCACCACGUUGUUGUUCCUGUGAAUCCCAAGACGGACAGGCUGUGGGAGAGACUGGGCAAAAACCACAUCCGCACUGACGAAGUCCAUGCAAAAGAUAACACCAGACCUGGCACCAACAGCCCUGAGAUGUGGUCUGAGGCCAUCAAGAUCCUGAAGGGGGAGUACACCGUGCGGGCCAUCAAGGAGCACAAGAUGGACCAGGCCAUCAUCUUCUGCCGGACCAAGAUUGAUUGUGACAACCUGGAGCAGUAUUUCAUGCAGCAAGGAGGAGGUCCGGACAAGAAGGGACACCAGUUCUCCUGUGUUUGUCUUCACGGGGACCGAAAGCCUCAUGAGAGGAAGCAGAACUUGGAGAGAUUUAAGAAAGGAGAUGUACGGUUUCUGAUUUGCACCGAUGUGGCGGCCAGAGGCAUAGACAUCCACGGGGUCCCUUACGUCAUAAAUGUCACCCUGCCUGAUGAAAAGCAGAACUACGUCCAUCGGAUUGGCCGUGUCGGACGAGCAGAACGAAUGGGCCUGGCUGUGUCCCUGGUGGCAACCGAAAAGGAGAAGGUUUGGUACCACGUGUGCAGCAGCCGUGGGAAGGGAUGCUAUAACACGAGGCUGAAGGAAGAUGGCGGCUGCACCAUCUGGUACAACGAGAUGCAGCUGCUCUCUGAGAUCGAGGAACACCUGAACUGCACCAUCUCUCAAGUUGAACCAGACAUCAAAGUCCCUGUGGAUGAAUUUGAUGGCAAGGUGACCUAUGGGCAGAAGAGAGCGGCUGGAGGCGGGACCUAUAAAGGCCACGUGGACAUUUUGGCACCUACGGUCCAAGAGCUCGCUGCCCUUGAAAAGGAGGCUCAGACUUCCUUCCUGCACCUCGGCUACCUUCCCAACCAGCUUUUCAGGACCUUCUGAUGGGGACGACGCAUGCGCGUGUCUGUGGCUCUGGGGAUGCUGGGCCCAGGCUCCGAAGGCCACUCCACCCACGCUGGCCUUUCUAGUAGCAAUGCUGACCUUCCUGCAUGUCGGGGAGCUUGAGUCUCAAAAUUCUCUAUAACGAUUGUCCGAAAUAAAAACGGCCAGCCUGACAAUGCUA